AUGUCGGUCACUCUGCACACCACGCUCGGUGACGUGAAGGUCGAGGUCUUCUGCGACACAACGCCUCGUGCAGCCGAAAACUUCCUCGGCCACUGCGCCGCCGGCACCUACGACGACGUCAAGUGGCACCGCAACAUCAAGAGUUUCAUGAUCCAGACGGGUGAUCCGAGUGGCACAGGCAAAGGAGGCCAGUCCAUCUGGGGCAAGCCUUUCGCAGACGAGAUUCGCUCGACACUCAAAUUCGACCGCCGAGGCAUCGUUGCCUGUGCCAAUGCGGGACCCGACACCAACAAGUCGCAGUUCUUCAUCACAUACGCCAAGCAGGCUCAUCUCGACGGCAAGUACACCAUUAUCGGCAGAGUCAUCGAUGGUGCCGAAGAUGGAGGUACGCUGGAUGCAAUGGAAGCUGUACCGGUGGAUGCGAAGAACAGACCAACUAGCGAGAUCAGGAUGACCGGCGUAACCGUGCACGCUAAUCCUGUUGCAAUGAAGGCGAUAGGCAAAUGA